GGCCUAACUCUUUUGUCAAGGCCCAUGUGGCCGAAACCAACAGUAGUACACACUCUACCACCAUCUCACACCAAACCACCUUCAAAGUUCAAAACGUUAACAAACUAACACCAGAAAUGAAAAACAUCACAAGAAUCAAACACAUCGACGACCAACCAUGAAACUAAAACCUCACCAUCUCCAUCUUCAUCACAACCCAACCUCAUUUUUUUCAAACUACAAACACCAUGAAAUUCUCUACACUAUCUCAGAAGCCAUCAACAACACCAUCCAAACCAACAACAACAACAACAAUUUCACCAAUUCUCAAACAAAAACAUCUCUUCCUGAUUACUCUCUCAACCCAACAUUAAAACGCAUUAUUCCUUCUCUCACUUCUCAUCACAUAACAAACCUCAUCAAUCUCAACCCUCUCUCUCUCUCUCCUCAAUCCCUCUUCUCUUUCUUCAACUACCUCGCUUCUCGUCCACCUUUUCGUCACACUCUCCAUUCCUACACCACCAUGGCCCAUUUCCUCUCUUCCCACAACAUGCUCUCACAAACACACUCUCUCUUCAUUUUCGUUGUCUCAAAAAUGGGUCACCAUUCUUCUCAUUCCCUUUUCUCUUCUCUUCUUCAAACAACACCGACGCAUUAUCGUAACCAGCGUUCUUUUCUUGUUUUUGAUGCUUUGAUCACUGCUUAUACAGAUUCUGGAUUCAUAGAAGAAGCAAUUCAGGUUCUACGUUUGAUGAAAAAUAAAAAAUUUCAAAUUCCGUUACGUGGUUGUGAGUACCUUUUGAGUCAUGUGAUGAAGUUAAAACAACCUGGGCCUUGUUGGGAGUUUUAUUUGGAGGUUUUGGAUUAUGGGUAUCCUCCAAAAGUUUAUCUUUUCAACAUUUUGAUGCAUGGGUUUUGUAAAGUUGGUGAUGUUGAGAAUGCGCGGAUGGUGUUUGAUGAAAUUCCUAAGAGGGGUUUGCGUUUUACUGUUGUUAGUUUCAAUACUUUGAUUAGUGGUUACUGUAACAAUAGGAAUGUUAAGGAGGGUUUUGUGUUAAAAGCUGUUAUGGAGAGUGAAAAAAUAUUUCCUGAUGUUUUUACUUAUAGUUCUUUGAUCAAUGGGUUGUGUAAGGCGAGUAGGUUGGAUGAGGCGAAUCUUUUGUUCGAUGAAAUGUGUGGGAGAGGAUUGGUUCCUAAUGGUGUUACUUUUACGACUUUGAUUGAUGGACAAUGUAAAGAUGGAAAAAUUGAUUUGGCAUUGAAAAAUUUUAAGACGAUGAAGGAUCGAGGUGUUAGACCGGAUUUGGUUACAUAUAAUGCGUUGAUCAACGGGCUUUGUAGGGUUGGAGAUUUAAAGGAGGCUAGGAAGCUGUGGGAGGAGAUGAGUCAGAAUGGUUUUAAGCCUGAUAAGAUCACUUUCACUACUCUAAUGGAUGGAUGUUGUAAAGAUGGAGAGAUGGAAUCGGCGUUGGAGAUCAAGGAUAGAAUGGUUGAGGAAGGGAUUGAGCUUGAUGAUGUUGCUUAUACUGCACUUAUAUCUGGACUAUGUAGAGACGGAAGAGUUUGCGAUGCUGAGAGAAUGUUGAGGGAUAUGUUGAGUGCUGGUCAUAGACCCGAUGAUCCGACAUAUACCAUGGUUAUUGAUUCUUUUUGUAAGAAAGGCGAUGUUAAGAUGGGGACCAAGUUAUUCAAGGAGAUGCAGAGUGAUGGACGCAUACCGGGAGUUGUCACUUAUAAUGCACUGAUGAAUGGACUUUGCAAACAAGGUCAGAUGAAAAAUGCUAAAAUGUUGCUUGAUGCAAUGCUUAAUUUGGGAGUGGUUCCAAAUGAUAUUACUUUUAAUAUUUUACUAGAUGGUCAUUGCAAGCAUGCAAGCUCUUUUGAUUUUGACAUAUUUAGUGGUGAGAAAGGACUUGUCUCAGAUUAUGCUUCAUAUACAGCACUUGUCAAUGAGUCGAAUAAAAUUUCAAAAGAUCACCUAAAGAGUUGAUUGCCACUGAACUACGUUGCACAUGUACUUUAUCUGACACAUACACGUGUAGUUGCAUAUUUAUGUGUCAGUCUUAGUAACAUAUUUAUGUGUCGGUGUUAGUAAUUCAUAUCUAAUGAAAGCUGAAUAGUGAAAGUUGUUGGAUCUAGCGAAUGCUAAUUUAGAUUAUGUGUUCUGCUUCAAUGGUGCCUUAUGAAUAAUCUAUCUACUUUGGCUGUUAUUGUCAAUGCCAAAAGCCAAAGUUAGAGCAACUAGCUAACAAUGAGCUAGCCAAGAUGAUUCAAUUGCAUCUAAAGUGAUUCCUAAACUACAUGAUAUGAGUACAGAGUGAUCAAGUUGAUUUUUAAUUAGAGGAAAUUGCAAAUGCCAAAUUUUGGAUGGAGGUACACAAGAAACAUGUUACCGUCAUUGCAUAAAAAUUCAUAUGCUACUUAAACGGAGGAAUCUGCCCCUUAAUGGAGCUUGCAAUAUUUUUCCGAAA